AUGGCUGCCCCCUCGGUGACGGCUGUGCGAGGGUGGUCGGGCCUGGCACUGGGUAUACGGGGUGUUUUCCCGCGGCUUCCAGGGCUAACCCAGGUGAGGUGGAGCCGCUACAGCCCCGAGUACCAGGAUCCCCAGACCGACAAGGAGUAUCACCGCAAGCCGCUGGCGGAACUGACAGAGGAGGAAAAGUAUGAACGGGAACUCAGGAAGACUCAGCUCAUCAAGGCUGCCUCCGCGACCAAAACAAGCUCUGUGUUUGAAGACCCGGUGGUCAGUAAAUUCACCAACAUGAUGAUGAAAGGAGGAAACAAAGUGCUGGCCAGGAACCUCAUGACACAGACCCUGGAAGCUGUGAAGAGGAAACAGUUUGAGAAGUACCAUGCUGCUUCUGCGGAGGAACAGGCAACCAUCGAACGCAAUCCCUACACCAUUUUCCACCAAGCUCUGAAAAACUGUGAGCCUGUGAUCGGGCUGGUACCCAUUCUCAAGGGCGGUCACUUCUACCAGGUCCCUGUGCCCCUAGCCGACCGGCGUCGCCGCUUCCUGGCCAUGAAGUGGAUGAUCACUGAGUGCCGGGAGAAGAAGCACCGGCGGACACUGUUGCCGGAGAAGCUAUCGCAUGAGCUGUUGCAGGCUUUCCACAACCAGGGCCCGGUGAUCAAGAGGAAACAUGACAUGCACAAGAUGGCCGAGGCCAACCGUGCCCUGGCCCACUACCGCUGGUGGUAG